UGCUAUGGUGCUUCUCCACUUCUCCCCCCUCUAACCAAACAUGUCCUUUUUAUUCUGAGAGCGCCCGCCCCCUUUUUGGGUCCUCCCAGCGAGACAUAGAGAUUGCUAACGUGCGCACCCCUGGGCCAGUGAGGGGGGCGUAGGAUAAUGGAGUCCCCAUCGUUCGUAUCGAAAGCGAGGACAGCCUUCCAUUCCGCCGCGGCUAAAGCGGAGCGAGUCCUCUCUGACUUGAAGCAACCCGAUCGCCCAGAUUCCGAUAAGACUUCGCCGCGGAGUUUGGCCCAGCAAGCCGAGGAUGAAUCGCCCGGGGAGUCCAAGUCUUCGAAUGAAUCAAGGACUUUGAGGUGGAGACCCCCGAACAUAGGGACAAAGCAGGAAUGGCAGGAUAGGAAGCAGGAAUGGCAGGAUAAGUUGAGGAAUAUUGGGAAAGGGAAGAAAGGAGUUGAGGAGGUGGAGAAGGCUGAAUAUUCGCCCAUGGCGGUUCCUUAUUAUGAUGAGAAUCUGUACAUUCUGAACAUGAAAAAUGAUAUGGAAGCAAAGGGGGCAGAUCUAAUUCCCUCUGUUGAAAGCCUAGCUGCAGACAACAUAGUCAUUCCGCCAUUAUCUGUUAUGAGGCAACUGGCCACAGCAGUUGAAGCUGGAAAGAAGUCCAAAUCAAUGAAAGAUCUUUUGGGUUCAUCAGGAAACUCCUCACCAGUCAGAGAGAGAGGGGGUCUGAGUCUCUCUGCAAUGAAGUCAUUAGUGCUUCGCGAAAAGGAUGAAAAGCUAUCUGAUUUUAGUCGUAAUGAGAAAGUUCUCUCAUUGAUUCUUUCUCUAUUUGAUGCAGAGGGAAAAUUUCUGGGACGGAAGAUCGAUUCUGGGUCAGACGCGAUUACUACGGCAUCUAUGCCCAAAGAUAUUCAUGGUGCUCCUCCUGAAAGCCUUGUGGUUAAGUUAGCUGAAGUCAUUGGGAGCUUCAGAACCCUUAAAAAAAUGACACUCUUUUGGUGUAGUGUUGUUUCCGAACUUAGAAGACUUUGGUCUGAAGAAGCAUAUGUACCUAGCAUCCCCGUUGAUGAGAUUCCAGAUCUGAAUUCCUGUCUUUUGUACCAGCAGUUGCAAGUUCUCAAUUGUUGUGUUUCCAGGAAAAGGCGACGUGAUAUUGCCACUCAAACACUAGACUUUGUAAUUAGAGAAGCCAGUCCAAAUGCUGAAGAAUCAUCUGUUUCUAUGGACAAUGCUUCGGGCCCUAUUUUGUAUGCUCGAAUAGGAACUGGAGAACUAGUUCUCCGACUAGGCGCUGAUCGCCCUUAUAGUAACCUAAAAUUGUUGGAAACUGGUGAACUUAUGUACGCCCCUGUCACUCAGGAAGGACCUUUACUUACUGAAGACCUGAUCAAGGAAACAGAGGAGUUUGUGCUUCGAACAGGAAGUGUUGGUGCUGGAUGUUCUCAACUCCUCUCUGACAUGCAGGCUUUCAAGGCAGCAAAUCCUGGUUGUAUUUUGGAAGAUUUUGUGAGAUGGCAUUCUCCUCCCGAUUGGACAGAGGCUGAGCCAGGUAUGGAGGCUAUAACUCUGGAAGGUAAUGAUGUAUCAUCCACAAAAGGCCAAUUAAGCAGCCGAAUGCAAAAAGCAGGCAAUCUUUGGCGUGAGCUAUGGGAUACAUCCAAACCAGUUCCUGCAGUAAAACAAGUACCCCUCUUUGAUGAGGACUUGGCUGUAGAAGGUAUUCUGGAUGGAUUUGAGGACAUCUCCCCUUCCGAGCUUUUUGAGCAGCUGUUUAUCUCCUUGCUUGGUUUAGGCUUUGAAAUUGCUGAGGAUAAAUUGUCCACCAACAGUGAUUUUUCAAAGCUAUUCUUUGAAUGCAAGGACUUUGUGGUAUCCACUUGUCAAGGCAAAAUGUGGACAGAGAAGGUUGACGAGCUUUGUCAGGUAUUUGAAACAGUUGAGGCUAUGAUACUGAAUCCAGAUGAAGUUUUAAGAAUAAUGAAGCAGCCGGAGGAAGCCAUGACCCCUUCUCCUUCUAAUGAACCAAAAAGCCGUUUCAGGCGGCUGACCCUCAACUUUGGUGGCAAAGAUAGACAGUUAAAAAAAUCAGCAUCUAAGGACCAAAAGAACUCACAAAGCCCCAGUAGCCAACCAUUUUCGAGUUUCUUCGACAACAAAUCAUCAUUGUUUUCAAAAAAGCCUCCUAAGCCUGAAAAUGCAUCCCCUGUUGAAAAGCCGUCAAUCACAGAAGACGGUGAUUGGACUGUUGUUUAGAUACAACCUUUUUUUUUUUUUUUUCCAUUUUUUUCCCUUUCGGUCCUUUGGCCGUAAAUGUAAAUUGUUUCACAAAACGAGCUAAUGGAGGUUACCAUUAGCCGUAUCCAAAGUUAAUUUCUUGUUUGAUUAUAUAGGAAUGAAGGAUGAAAUAGAAUUUUUACUGGUGUA